GGGCAGCAGCGCCGAGCGUGUGCUCCGAGCCCGGCGGCUUCUCCGCGGCCAUGCGGCUCCUCUCCGGUGCUCCCUGCGCGCUGCAGGCGGCAGCGCUGCUGCUGCUGCUGUUUGUCCCCGGCUCCCAAGAGCAUAUUGAGGGGAUAGUCAUCAACAUGCACUCAAAUGAGAAAUACAAAAGUCUCAGAUGCCAGAGUUGCCUUUUCAGAAGAGCGAACUGACCCAUACAACAUCCCGCAGUUUUCCAAAAUAAAGAAGCCAAAAGACAGAGACAAACAACUUCAGCAGUCCUGCACCCUUUACUAUGACUCCAGGCCUAAACCAAGAAAAUAGCAGUUCGCCUGCUUCUACUGUUACAUCAUCCACACAAUCUACGACAACAUCUACAGCAGCUGUGUCCACCAGUACUACUCAUCUGACCAGUCCCAACCAGCCCACCAACACCACUAUGCGUGUCACGACUCAGCCCACCAAAACAAGCCAGACAACAAGAUCCACCACAGCUUCCUCAGUCACAUCAUCACAACGCAAUAUUACAGUGGUGACCACUUCCAAGACUUCUUUCACUUCCGUUACAGCCGCAUCAAAAUCUGAGGCUGUCAUAACCAAAACCUCCAGGUUCGAUCUGGGCAGUUUUGUAGGUGGCAUUGUGCUGACACUUGGACUCCUAGUUAUUCUCUACUUCGGAUGCAAAACCUAUCACUCCAGAAGAGGCAUUCAGUACAGAACCAUCGAUGAACAUGAUGCUAUCAUUUAAAGAGACUUCAGAGAAGACAGUGUUGGAAACCCAUCCUAUCGCAACUUUUGUAACUUCUGAAAGAAUUCCUUUCAUAAAGAUGAUCACAGUCUCUAAACCUGUCUUGGGUAUGAUGCUGCAAAAUGUUGAGAAGCUCUUUUAACAGCCUGGGUUUUUUUGCAUUGGCUUUCAUCAGAAGAGGAACCCAGCACUUUGCAGAGACAGUAUUUUCUUUUUCCAGUAUUUGUAAUCAAAUUUAAAGAAAUACACCUAUUGAGUCAUUUUAAGGUACACACAGAAGUCUCUGAAAUAACUGAUUACUAGCACGGUGAGUAGCAUCAUUGCAAGUCUAAGUUCAAUUAUUUCUCACAUAUUGCAUAAAUCCAUUGUGUUCCAUAAUGGAUAUAGUAGGUUAAACAGGAUGUCUUUGAGACCAGGCAUAGGUUUUUUCAAGUAAUUUUUUCCCUAAUAUUUUGUAUUAAAUUGUAUUUAUUUUGAAAUUUGCUGUGAACUUUAGUUUAGAAAUUUUGGAUUUUGAACCGUUCAGUUAAUUUUUUUAGGCUGUAAAGAGACAUGGUUUGCUAACUGUAUAGAAGGUGAUAAUGAGUACUUUUAACUUCAGUCACUAGCUCACCAGUGACCUGCACAGACUUCCCUAAACAGGCUGUACCAUAAGAUGAGCUGCAUGGACAGACAGGAGAUACCCAUCCACAACCCUUUUCUAUAAAUGGGUCCUUAGAAGAAAACAGACUAUGCAAUCCAUAGUUGCUUUUUUCUAGCAUGCCUUAUGAAGCAUGUGAAUUGAAUGUGUCAUCAUAAAUGUGAUAAGAUAGGAACAUUUCUUCUGAAAAUUGGCUUUUAAAGUUGAAUGUAGCAAUCACUUCACUCUUAGUUUUUAUUACUAUGAAGCUGUAUGCAAUGUUUUAGCAGCAUUUAAUAAACAUUGAAAGUUACAUAGAGAAGGGGAAAAUUUGCAAGACAGCAUUUAGAAGAACACAAUCUGCAUUUUUGCAGCUAUUUUCAGAAUUGGUACUGCUGGACAUGUAUACAGAGGUCUGGUCAAAAGCCCACUGGAGGCAAAAGGGCAUCUCUCAGAAGGCCUUUUGAUUAAACUGAAAGAGGGUAGAUUUAGAUUAGAUAUAAGGAAGAAAUUCUUCCCCAUGAGGGUGGUGAGGCACUGGAACAGGCUGCCCAGAGAGGUUGUGGAUGCCCCAUCCCUGAAGUGUUCAAGGCCAGGCUGGAUGGGGCUUUGGGCAACCUGGUCUAGUGGAAGGUGUCCCUGCCCAUGGCAGGCGGGUUGGAACUUUAAGGUCCCAUCCAACAAAAACAAGUUCAUGAUUAAAGCCCAAAUACACUGGGGGUCUCAUGCAAGAUGGUUGAUGCUGGUCCCAUAUCACUUCUGCGUUUACAUUGAGGUAAACCUGCUGACUUCUGUAGAUGGGCUCCUGAUUUACACUGGUGCAAGGAAAACUAUAGCAAGGAUCAAGGUCAAGAAAUACAGGCCCAUAUCUUCUUAUGUCACUGAACAGUCGUUCAGUCCUGCUCAGGCUCCACUUGUAGAUCUCUCCAUGGUGAAGAGGGUCAAGGUGGUGGGACUUGACUGUCUUGGUUGCUGCUGGCACGAUUCUGUCACUCAGGGCACACACAGGAGGUGGAGACAGCUGAGGAAGGUCACAAUGGGAACUACAUGUAGGGCAGGUCUGUCAGGGCUGGGAAACAACGCAUCGGGGUAAUGACUGCAGCUCUGGCAUGGGUUAAUUGUUUUGUUGAGCAAUAGUUUGUUCUGCCAUGCAAUGUUAAAAUGCCCACGUGGAUGAUUUUUCCUUUUUCACAUGGAGUAGUAAAACUGUUGUGUCUGAGGCACAGCCAACUCCAGCAAACUAUGGCAAAUGCACAGUCCUUAAUAGUACCAGCCAUGCACCUGAAAUGCGGUAGCAGGGCUGUUUUGGUUUUGCUAAGACUGAGGUACAGGGUGGGGAAUGAUUUGAAGUAACUUUUGUGAUUUUUCUUAAAUGCAUUGUUUUGUAGAAAACUUCUGGUUUUGACUUGAAAACUUUGGAAAUGAUACUUUCAUAGAAUUGCAAUUCCUUACUUUGUUAAUUCCUUACUUCCUUAAUUUCUAAGACAGUUAAGUGCAACUCGGUUAUUGGGAUUGUCUCACCUCUGUUGUACAGAUGAAUAAAUAAAAUUCAAUCUUUGGAGUUACUA